UACUGGGACGCAGCUGCGAAGGCUGCAGACACUGAAAUUGAGUACGACGCUGACUCAAGGCAACUGCAGUCUUCCUGCUUGUUGAAGACGUUUCACCUUUAACCUAAAAGGAGUUUUACAUUUGAAGUGUGGAGUUUCCCUAUUUUAUGCUGAGAAUCCACAUAGAGGAGAAGAACGGGGAGGAGAAGAAGGAGCGGUUUACCAGCAGUUGCUUGAGUUGAAAGUCAAGAUGAAUCUGAGUGGAAUACGCCUGGUGGCUAACCGUGUUAGCACAGCUCAGUUGAGGAAACAUUUAUUAUUGGACAGACAAAUAUACCUGAGACAUAAAGUGUGUUGUUUGCCGCAGCAGAGGUCAUUUAAAUGUCAUUCACCAAAGCUCGCUUACGCAAAGGACUUGUUCCUCGGUCAAGUCAACAAGGCUGAAGUAUUCCCUUUCCCACAAAUUACAAAUGAAGAAUUGGAAGAAAUCAACCAGCUUGUUGCCCCUGUGGAAAAAUUCUUCAACGAGGAAGUCGACUCAGCGAAAAUUGACAGAGAAGCCAGCAUUCCCACAGAGACGUUAGAUGGAAUAAAAGAGCUUGGACUUUUUGGAAUCCAGAUCCCGGAGCAGUAUGGGGGUCUCGGACUGUCCAACACCAUGUAUGCACGGCUAGCAGAGAUCAUCUCCUUGGAUGGAUCCAUUGCUGUCACGCUGGCUGCGCACCAAGCCAUCGGACUGAAGGGUAUUCUCAUAGCGGGGAAUGAAUCCCAGAAGAACAAGUAUCUGCCCAAACUCGCCACAGGAGAAAACGUUGCAGCUUUUUGUUUGACGGAACCUGGAAGUGGAAGUGAUGCAGCCUCCAUUCAGACACGAGCAACCCUAUCAGAGGAUGGGACGCAUUACCUGAUCAACGGGUCCAAGAUCUGGAUUUCAAACGGAGGACUGGCCGACAUCAUGACUGUGUUUGCACGCACUGAGGUAGAAGUAGACGGCGUGAAGAAGGAUAAGAUUUCUGCCUUUGUUGUGGAGAGAGCGUUUGGAGGAAUCACCAGUGGAAAGCCCGAGGACAAACUUGGCAUCCGAGGCUCAAACACUUGUGAAGUGACCUUUGACAAUGUUCCAGUGCCUUUGGAGAACCUUAUUGGGGAAUUAGGUGAUGGAUUCAAGAUCGCCAUGAACAUACUCAACUCUGGUAGAUUCAGCAUGGGAAGUUCCUCAGCUGGAAUGAUUAAGAAACUGAUCGAGCUGACCUCUGAAUAUGCUGCAACAAGGAAGCAGUUUAACAAAAGCCUGAGUGAAUUUGGUAUGAUACAGGAGAAGUUUGCACUCAUGGCACUGAAUGCCUUUGUGAUGGAGAGCAUGGCUUACCUGACUGCAGGAAUGAUGGACAGACCUGGACUGCCAGAUUGCUCUUUGGAAGCUGCUAUGGUCAAGGUGUUCAGCUCAGAGGGAGGUUGGAUUUGUGUGAGUGAAGCUCUUCAGGUCCUUGGAGGUCUGGGUUAUACCAAGAACUAUCCGUACGAACGCUACGUCAGGGACUGUCGCAUCCUGCCUAUAUUUGAGGGUACCAAUGAAAUUCUAAGAAUGUACAUCGCUCUGACUGGAAUGCAGUAUGCUGGUAAAACGCUCACAGGAAAAAUCCAAGAGAUGAAAAAAGGAAAUGUAGGCAUGGCUUUGGGGAUGGUGGGCAAGAAGAUGAAGAACUUAUUUGGAAGUUCCCCAGACUUUGGCCUUCGUGGAAAAAAUGGAGUCGUCCAUCCAAACUUUGAGGAAAGCGCACUUAAGUUUGAACAGAAUGUUCACCUCUUUGGAUUGACUGUGGAGAACCUGUUGUACAGAUAUGGAAAGUCGAUUGUGGAUGAACAGCUCGUUCUGAAGAAAGUAGCAGAUGUGCUGAUCAACCUGUACGCCAUGACAGCUGUGUUGUCCAGAAGCAGCCGCUCCAUCAGCCUGGGCUUGAGGAACCAUGAUCACGAGGUGCUGCUCACAAACACCUUCUGCAAUGACGCGUACUUCAAGAACAAUUAUUGGAUGACUCAACUGCAAAAACACUCUCCUGAGAAUAAUGACGCCAACAUCAAGAAGAUUGCUCAGGAUGUGUUGGAGAACAGAGCAUACAUCUGCUCUCAUCCUCUGGACAGAACAUUUUGACUUCUGUGACUAACACUGUGACUGGAUGGACAAUAAAGUCGGUUAUAUCAUACACACACGCGGUAUACAGUACAUUAUACAACAUUUUUUAAAUUUAAUUUAAAACAACUCCUAUUAAAUCAUUCAAAAAAUUGAAUGAAUCUGAAAUUUUAUCAUUUUUGUUUACAAUCUGGACCUGAAUAAGCAGAAGGAAAGGAUGGAUGGAUGGAUAAAUCAUGAAAAUAAUAAUAAUAAUUACAAUUAA